AUGUCAUUCGCGAGGACAGAGAGAGGCGACUUCAUGUUGAGCAGACCUGUCAACUCAACCAUAUCACUGACACCAGAAAGCGAGCUUGAGACAGGUGAGCAAGGAGUCAGACCGUUGCAGGUAGAGCCCAUAGAGACAAGUGAGGAAUUAGAUAUGCCAGAAGAAACGCCCAGGAUAUCAGUGGAGGAGUUGAGUGGGCAAGGAGAAGAAAGGGUUGGAGAAGCCAUAGUGAAAGCAAACAUCACGUUAUUGGCGAUAAUUGGGAAAUUUGGGGUAUUGACUAGUAGCGGAGAAUGGGGUAUCGAUCGUUGGAUACAGGCUGAUAUGAGUUGA